AUGGGAGCGGAGGGUGUUUCCAUCAUUCAACACGUCUAUGAAUUGAAUAGAGAUCGACCGAAUUAUUUAACAACAGUCUCUGUAAGAAGAAUAUUGGAUUAUAUCAGUAUUUAUUGUGCAUUAUGUGGAUUAAUUCCUGUAGUUAUUUUAUCAAUCAUUGCAUUGAGUGCAUCCUCAGGAGAAAAUGAAUCCCUAAGAAGAACGUUAACAUUUGCUGUUGGAGUUCCUUUGGUUGGAAUUGGAACUGCCAUUGUCUUUUUAUUUGGAAUUAUUGCUGUUGUGGCCAUUGUUCUCAUGUUGAGAUCUUCUGCAAAAUAUACUCCAAGUGAUAGUGAAGUGUAUCGAUUACAAUUACAAAGCAUGAUGAAAUUAACAGUUGGAGUGGUGAUUAUGAGUUUAGGAGCAGUCUUGGAAGUGGUUGGAAUUGUAACCAAUUAUUUAGAAAUGCCCAAUUUUAUUGUUUAUCCAUUAGCGAAAGGAGUGCCUUAUAUUACAUUUAUGAUUUGCAUUUCAUUAAUAUUUUGGCCUUAUCGUUUACCGUUAUUGAGUCAUCCGAUUCAAUUUGUUACUCAAGAAUUGAGAUUUUCACCAAAAACAAAGGAAGAAACGUUGGUAGAUGUUGCACAAGUAGAACAUGAAAUGAAAUAA